AUGAGGACAUUUUUCAAACCACCUGGACCUGGAUCAGUUAAACCAUAUUCUAAUGUUUCCUCUCCACAGGACGAGCGCAACCAGAUCCUGACUACGUACCUGUGGAUCCGCCAGGUGUGGAUGGACGCCUUCCUCACCUGGAAGAAGGAGGACUACGACGGCCUGGACACCAUCCGUAUUCCCAGCAGCUACGUGUGGAGGCCGGACAUCGUCCUCUAUAACAGCGCAGACGAUGAGUUCUCCAGCUCCAUGGAGACCAACGUGGUUCUCCGUAACGACGGCCAGGUGAUGUGGGACCAGCCGGCCAUCACUAAAAGCUCCUGCUCCGUGGAUGUGGCCUUCUUCCCCUUCGAUCUGCAGCAGUGUCACCUCACCUUCGGCUCCUGGACUCACAACGGGAACCAGAUGGACUUAUCCAACGCCCUGGACAGCGCUGACCUGACCGACUUUGUCCCCAACGUGGAGUGGGAGGUCCUGGGCAUGCCGGCCAAGAAGAACGUGAUCCUGUACGGCUGCUGUUCAGACCCGUAUCCAGACAUCACCUUCACCCUCCACCUGAAGAGGCGCGCCUCCUUCUACAUCUUCAACCUCCUCAUCCCCUGCAUGAUGAUCUCCUUCCUGGCUCCGCUGGGCUUCUAUCUGCCGGCGGACUCCGGUGAAAAGGUUUCUCUGGGUGUCACCGUGCUGCUGGCCCUCACCGUGUUUCAGCUGCUGGUGGCGGAGAGCAUGCCGCCGUCCGAGAGCGUCCCGCUGAUAGGGAAGUACUACAUCGCUACGAUGACCAUGGUCACAGCAUCCACGGCGCUCACCAUCUUCAUCAUGAACAUCCAUCACUGCGGCCCAGAGGCCCGUCCCGUCCCUCUCUGGGCCGAGCGCUUCAUCCUCAACUACCUGGCCCGGAUCUGUUUCGUGUACGAGGUUGGAGAGAACUGUCUGAGCGGGUCUUCAUCCAAGAAACAACCCCUGUCCCAGGACGAGUCCGACGCUCCUUCAGCCAACGGCAACACCAAAGGGACAAACUGGGACGUGAACGGGCAGGCGUGGGGGGGCCGGGUGGAGGAGAACCAGGGGGGGAAGCCUGGACGGGAGUGGAAGGAGGACCUGUUUGUGAACAUCGACCACUCGGAGGAGGAGGGAGCCGCAGGAGGAGAGAAGGAGGAGUCAGACAGCGCCUGCGGAGGAGACGGAGAGGACGUCCAGGAGAAGAAGGGCGUCGGAGGUGAAGGAGGGGGCGGAGCCAGGAGGGAGAUCGUGGUGAAAACGCUGUGCGUGUGUCAGCACCAGGGGCUCCGCAGGAACGUUCAGUUCAUAGCCAACUCAUACCAGGACCAGCGGACCGCACAGCUCCGCAUCGGGGAGUGGAGGAAGGUGGCCAAAGUCAUGGAUCGCUUCUUCAUGUGGCUCUUCUUCAUCAUGGUCUUCAUCAUGAGCAUCCUCAUCCUCGGGAAAGCCAUCUGACGGAGGCGUGGGUCAGCGCUCUGACGGAGGAGAAUGUUCUUUAAGUAGAACUCUGGGUUUUUAACUCUUGGCUCCACAUUUUUAGGGUCUAAACUGAUCAGGGUUCUCCAAAGACCGCUUCAGUCCACAGAGGAGGAUCAGGCUGAGAUCAGUCUUUGAGGUUAAAUGCUCCGAGUUAUUUUAUUUUAGAGUCUAGACCCUAAACAUGUCAAAGCUGGACCAAGAUUUAAUGACAGCAGAGAUGUAGAGCUGAUGGUUUUCCUCUCACUGGCUUCCUGUUUGUGAUGAUCAAAUGUUUCCCUGAGGAGACGUCACUAACGCUCACACUUUUAUAUCUCAGUGUUGUUUUAGCGUGAGGUUUUUAAUGCAUGCAGGACUUUCUGAUCACACUGAAGGAAGAGAUGUCUGCGCUUCGUCAUUUAUCUCUGAGUGUAGUUUACUUUAGUUCACAGGUGUCAAACUCGAGGCCCGGGGGCCAAAUCCGGUCAUGGUGCAGUUAAACCCGGCCCACCAGAUCAUAGGAUAUUUUUAUUAGAACUGGCCACCAGUAUGAGGUCUGCAGAUUUACUCCAGUAUAAACAUUUUAACUAAAGCUGGGUGAUUUAUAACAUCCUGGGUCACAGAAAUAACAAUAAAAAAUCAUAAAUGGUGAAAAUAAUUUGAUGAAAAGUCAGGAAGGAGGGAAGAAUUUUGUUUUCUCUAUAUUUUCAGUUUUGCAUCUCACAGUUAGGACUAAAAGUUAUGAUUUUUAAUGUUUAUUUCAUAUUUUAACCUUUAAGAUUCAGAAUUUUAAAUUUUAAACCCUAUU